ACAUCUAUAGUUUUAAUUGAUGAACAUUUCUAUAAUGUUAUUGUUACAGCACAUGCUUUUGUAAUAAUUUUUUUUAUAGUUAUACCUAUAAUAAUUGGAGGAUUUGGGAAUUGGAUAGUACCUUUAUUAAUUGGGGCUCCAGAUAUAAGUUUUCCUCGAAUAAAUAAUAUAAGUUUUUGGUUACUUCCCCCUUCCUUUGUACUCCUUUUAUGCUCUAGAAUAAUUGAAGGUGGAGUAGGUACUGGGUGAACAGUAUAUCCCCCCUUAAGAGGGCCUAUUGCUCAUAGUGGUUCAUCUGUAGAUUUGGCUAUUUUCUCAUUACAUUUAGCAGGUUUAUCUAGAAUUUUAGGUGCUAUUAAUUUUAUUACAACAAUUUUCAAUAUACGGUCACCGGGUAUUACUUUAGAACGAAUAAGGUUAUUUGUAUGGUCAGUAUUAGUAACAGCUUUUUUACUAUUACUUUCUUUACCUGUUUUAGCUGGAGCUAUUAC